GCCCAGUUUGCCGGUGCCGGGCAUGCGCACUCCAACCACAUCACCCCACGACGCGCCUCGCAAAUGGAACACGGCGAAACUGGGCAUGCGCGCCGGCGCGGAUAUUCUGUCGGCGGGCGCGGCCGCCAUCCUCGUCGCGCCCAUCAUCACCAUGAUUGACAAGAGCAUCAUUGAGAAUGCCAGCGGCAGGAACACGCUCGGCAACAGCCUCAAGACGAGCGCCGCCGAGCUCAUCGCAAGGCCCCAUUGCUUUCUCGCCAGCAAGCCCUUUGCCCUCAUCUUCAGCCUGUACUUUGGCACGUACCUCACGGCCAACACCAUCGACACGGCGUCGGCGACGCUGACGCCCUCGCAGCCAUGGCGCCAGCAAACCAGCGGCACGAGCAAAUUCGUCGCCACCAGCACCGCCAACCUGGCCCUGUGUCUGUACAAGGAUAACCAGUUCACGCGGCUUUUUGCAGCCCCGGGCUCAUCGCCGCGCCCCGUGCCCCUACCCACCUUUGCCCUCUUCACCAUCCGCGACUGUCUGACCAUUUUCGCAAGCUUCAACUUGCCCCCGCUGCUCGCCCCCACGUUCCAGCGCCACAUGAGCGACCACGUGCAACAGUACGUGGGCGCCCUCAGCGUCGCCCAGUUUGUCACCCCGGCCGCCGUCCAGCUCGUCAGCACCCCGCUGCACCUGCUCGGACUCGAUCUGUACAAUAGGCCCGCCGCGGAACUGGGCGGUGCGGAUGGAAGGGCCACCAGAGUCCUCAGGGAUUGGCUCAAGAGUGCUGCCGCCCGCAUUUGUCGUAUUGUCCCUGCUUUUGGCGUCGGCGGCGUCGUGAAUACAAAGGUAAGGGGGAGUUUGAUGUCGCGGCUUGAGUCAUCGGGUUGAUACCAAGGGUUGAGAAGUAUGUAUUAUAAAAGUGCUGUGUCCUUUUUUUUUAAUUCCCAUUGUUUUAAGC